CAUAUAUGUAUAGACACAAAUGUAUUUAUACUUGAGUGAAUCUGUCAGUUUUCAACUAAAUGCUAUUUCUACAGUGAUUUUAAUUUUUUAACCCAUAGGUUUUCAAAACAAGAGGCAAAUGUAUAUGUGCAUAUAUGUAUAUACACAAAUGUAUUUAUACGUAUAAUUAUUAACAUGUACAGAAAGUUGACUAUAAGAAACUAAACUCCUUAAUGUGGAGUGAAAAUUUACUUGCAUGAGUCCAAGAAUUUCAGAUGCAAGUGGCAUAAAUAGUCUUCAUUGCAAACCAGCAAAGCAUUGACUUUCGUUGACCAUUUCUCUAUAUAUUUAUCCCAUUACUAGCUCACUCUUUCUUGAUCAUUUCACCCUUCAGAAACCCUUUGCAGGUCAUCAAUGGUGCCUGUAAUAAUAAUAUUAUUACUCUCAACACUUCCAUCAUCAUCAUCAUCAAUACCAAAUUACUCAACCAAAGGAAAAUGGAAGCUUUUAAAGAGCAGCAUUGGCGUAUCCGCUAUGCAUAUGGCACUGCUACCAAAUGAUCGAGUCAUAACCUUUGAUAGAACGGAUUUCGGGCCGUCAAACAUAACAUUUCCAGCCGAAAAAUGCCCUCCGGGUUUGGAUUGUUAUGCGCAUUCAGUCGAAUUCUACCCUGCGAAGCGUGGGGUGCGUCCGCUUACUAUAUUGUCGGAUACUUGGUGUUCUUCGGGUGCUUUGUUGCCUAAUGGUGUGUUGAUUCAGUCUGGUGGGAAUAAUGCGGGUGAACGCGUUGUUCGGACGUUUAGUCCUUGUGACGAUUGCGAUUGGGUCGAGACGCGAAACGGGCUCGUUUCGCCGAGAUGGUAUGCUUCUAACCAGUUGUUGCCGAACGGGAAAGUGAUCAUUGUUGGAGGUAGAAGACAGUUUACGUAUGAGUUUAUUCCGAAGACCUCAAGUUCUGUGGAAUACCAGCUUCCAUUUCUCAAAGAGACGAUCAGAUCGGACGCGUUUCCGAACAAUCUCUACCCGUUUAUUCAUCUCAAUACAGAUGGAAACCUCUUCAUCUUCGCAAACGAUCGCGCGAUAUUACUUGAUUACGUGCACAACAAGGUGGUUAGGAGGUAUCCAGUGAUGCCUGGUGGAGUAUCGCGUAAUUACCCGAGCACCGGUUCCUCAGUUUUGCUUCCGAUGAAUCUUUCUGGUAGUUCGGCAACCACGCCUCCGGUUGCCGAGGUGUUUGUUUGCGGCGGGACGGUACCGGACGCGGUUGACAAAGCUAUUGUUGGUGUCUUUGUAGAGGGGGCAAAGACUUGUGGACGGUUGAGAUUAAAUGAUGCUAAUCCCGGAUGGGAAAUGACUGAAAUGCCCUUAAGGCGAAUAAUGGGUGACAUGUUAUUGUUACCUACUGGUGAUGUUUUGAUUAUAAAUGGGGCGGCCCGUGGGGCGGCGGGGUGGGAGUUUGCAAGAGAACCGGUUCUAGAACCAGUUUUGUACGAACCGGGUUUAAAAAUGUUUCGGAAAAUGAACCCGACGACAAUACCCCGGAUGUACCAUUCGAGUGCUCAUUUACUCUCGGACGGCCGGGUGAUCGUAGGCGGGAGCAAUCCGAACUCUAACUACAAUUUCUCGGCGCUUUUCCCGACCGAGCUUAGCGUUGAAGCAUUCUCACCUCCGUACUUAUUUGGUCCGAAAUCUCGACCCAACAUCACCGGGAUUGGAUCUGGAGUUAAUCUUGUUUAUGGACAGAAAAUCGUGGUUAAUUUUCGGUUGAAGGGCGACGAGAAAAAAUUCAAAGAUGGGAAAGUUUACGUGACAAUGAUGGCCCCGUCGUUUACGACUCAUUCAUUUUCAAUGAACCAAAGGUUGUUGGUGGUGGAGGUGGCGGAGAUACGACGGAGGUUUGCUGAGAAUUACGCGGUAGUGUGUUUAACCCCGGCUACGCCUCAGGUGGCGCCACCGGGGUAUUACCAAUUGUCAGUUGUAUAUGACGGAGUUCCUAGUAGAAGUAGAUGGGUACAAAUUGGUAGUUAAUUAACUACCCUUAAAUUGUAAGGAUGUAUUGCAUGCAAGUUGGUAGUUGGUACAAGUUGAUGUUAAAUGUUAAGUCUCAAAUGCAUAAGUCGUUUCAUUUUGUUGCCCAAA